CGAAAAGUGAGGUUAUGUUCUACGUGGCGUAUACGCACAAAAAACGUUAAAGUCAAGAGUUCUCCAGAAUUUAUCAAAUUUAUCCAAUUAAUUUGAGUUUUAUAAUAUUUUUCUUCAUUAAAUAAGUUAAAUUAAAAGUCCAGCGAAACAAUGGAUGACGAAGCGGAGACUUACAAAUUAUGGAGAAUCCGAAAAACAGUGAUGCAACUUUGUCACGAUAGAGGUUAUCUUGUCACACAGGAUGAAUUGGAUCAAACUUUGGAUCAAUUUAAAGAACAAUUUGGAGACAAACCGAGUGAAAAGAGACCGUCACGAAGCGAUUUAAUUGUUCUCGUGGCCCACAAUGACGAUCCGACUGAUCAGUUAUUUGUAUUCUUCCCAGAGGAACCGAAAAUUGGAAUAAAAACAAUCAAGACUUAUUGCCAAAGAAUGCAGGACGAAAAAAUUCACAGAGCGAUUAUUGUCGUACAACAAGGAAUGACACCGUCUGCAAAACAAUCGUUAGUUGACAUGGCUCCAAAAUAUAUUCUAGAAAAUUUUCUCGAAUCUGAAUUGUUGAUUAACAUAACGGAACAUGAAUUAGUUCCUGAACACAUUGUCCUGACGCCUGACGAGAAAGAAGAACUUUUGAGUAGAUACAAAUUAAAGGAGAAUCAACUUAUGCGAAUUCAAGCCAGUGAUCCUGUCGCACGAUAUUUUGGUCUUAAACGUGGUCAAGUUGUCAAAAUUAUUCGACCCUCGGAAACUGCAGGACGUUAUAUUUCCUAUAGGCUAGUUUGUUAAUUUUACCUUCUUAAUUUCUAUAUUUUUUUUUAUUCUCGGUAAAUGCGUAAUAUAAAUGUUAAGUAUUUUAAUAUGAAAUAAAAAUACAUUUUUCAUUA